AGUCUUUGGAGAUACUUUACACUUACAUUCCCCCUGGAGGACAAUACAUUUUACUGCAAUAGUUUUAUAUUUUGGAUUUUGGGGCGGUUACGGUCUCUAAGGUAGGCUCCCUCCGCCCCAUGGGUGUGUCCAGGCCGCUGUCGUCUAUCCACCUGCAACACGCCGCUUCCCCGCACUUGAGCGUCGGAAGCGCCUGUGUUUGAACCUCUUUUGUUGGAUUUCAACUCUUUAUUUCAUCUUCCCGGUGGACAAGUAUACAACUGUUAACGGCAAUUUGGAAAUAACUACAACUUCAAUUGAUUCCAUCCCAGCUUUUGUUUGGCUACGGGAUAACCGCGCGGGGAUCUGCGGAGGAACACAAGCCGCGCUCCUGACUGUGUGCGCGGGCACAGACGCUCCGAGGAAGCCCUCCUUUCUUGCAGCCUGGAUGCUUUUUAAUGUUUGCUUCUAUUCGUUGAGGAUCCAACUAAAAGGCACCAAGACAAGACUCCUGGACCCGUCCUCCCCCUCUGUUAGCAAACAGAGACAAUGUUGUGGGACAGCCUGUGCUGUCUGCUGGCCUUGCUGGUCUCAACGUCCGGGGGGCUUCCCUCGGCCAACGAGCCGCUAUCUGCCCCCAGGAUCUUCCUGUCUUUCAAAGAGUUAAAGUCAACCGGCACCGCUCACCACUUCUCCUUUUUGCUAAACUCCAGCGACUAUAGAAUUCUUCGCAUGGACGAAGACCACGACCGCAUGUAUGUGGGCAGCAAAGAUUAUAUCCUGUCUCUGGAUCUGCACGACAUCAACAAGGAGCCUCUCAUUAUCCACUGGCCUGUUGCCCCGCAGAGGAAGUCUGAAUGUGUCCUUUCUGGAAAAGACACCAAUGGCGAAUGCGGCAACUUCAUCCGUCUGAUUGAGCCGUGGAACCGCACUCACCUGUACGUUUGCGGGACGGGAGCGUACAACCCCAUCUGCACGUAUGUGGACCGAGGACGCAGGUCACAGGGUUCCUUCUACCUUCAGGCCCCCAAAUCUGGAGGGAGAACCAAUCGGGCAGCAGACCCCAGCGCUACGUCAGAUCUUAUGGAGGCCAAGGAAUAUAUUUUCCGUCUCGAGCCAGGAAAGGUGGAUUCUGGGAAGGGAAAAUGUCCUUUUGACCCCAAGCUGAACAGUGUCUCUGCUUUGAUCAAUGGAGAGCUGUACGCUGGCGUCUACAUCGAUUUCAUGGGAACCGACUCGGCCAUCUUCCGAACGCUGGGGAAGCAGACGGCCAUGAGGACGGAUCAGUACAACUCCAGAUGGUUGAACGACCCCACAUUCGUGCACGCUCACCUCAUCCCAGACAGCGCUGAGAAGAACGAUGACAAGCUCUACUUCUUCUUCCGAGAGAAAGCCUCUGAGAUGGGUCAAAGUCCCAUGACCCAGUCCAGGAUAGGACGUAUUUGCCUGAACGACGAUGGAGGUCACUGCUGUCUGGUCAACAAGUGGAGCACCUUUCUCAAAGCCCGUCUCAUCUGCUCCGUGGCUGCAGCUGACGGCGUCGAGACGCACUUUGAUGAGCUCAGGGACGUUUAUAUCCAGCCUACGCAAGACACCAAGAAUCCCGUCAUCUAUGGCGUGUUCUCCGUUUCAGGGUCUGUGUUUAAAGGCUCAGCCGUGUGCGUCUACGCCAUGGCUGACAUCCGCAUGGUCUUUAACGGGCCUUUUGCUCAUAAAGAAGGACCCAACUACCAGUGGGUGGCCUACACUGGCAAGAUCCCUUACCCUCGACCUGGCACAUGUCCUGGAGGAACGUUCACCCCCAACAUGAAGUCCACCAAGGACUACCCUGAUGAGGUGAUCAACUUCAUGAGGAACCACCCCGCCAUGAACAACGCCGUGUACCCGGUGCACAAGCACCCUCUGGUGGUCAGAACUAACGUGGACUAUGAGUUCACCACAAUCGCCGUGGACCAAGUGACUGCCGCAGACGGGAGCUACGAGGUCCUCUUCUUGGGCACAGACCGAGGGACGGUCCAGAAGGUUAUUGUGUUGCCUCGGGAUGACCUGCAGACCGAGGAGCUGGUCUUAGAGGAAGUGGAGGUUUUCAAGAUUCCCACACCGAUCACCACCAUGAGGAUCUCAUCCAAACGUCAACAACUGUAUGUGGCGUCCGUGUUGGGCGUGACCCACCUUGCGCUGCAUCGCUGUGACGUGUAUGGCCAAGUUUGUGCUGACUGCUGCUUGGCCAGAGAUCCUUACUGCGCCUGGGAUGGAAAGUCCUGCUCCAGAUACUCUGCUUCACAGAAAAGACGUAGUCGUCGUCAGGAUGUCAAAUAUGGAAACCCCAUCCGUCAGUGCAGAGGUUACAACUCCAAUGGUGAGCAUCUUUCUGGAGCCAAUAAGAAUACUGUGCAGACGGUUCAGUACGGCGUGGAAGGAAGUACAACGUUCUUGGAGUGUCAGGCCAGAACUCCUCAUGUGUCUCUGAAGUGGCAUCUCCAGAAAGAAAACAGCGACCGCAGGAAAGAGAUUCGCUGCGAGGGUCGCAUGGUAAAGACGGACGAAGGCCUGCUGAUCCGCUCCUUGCAGAUGUCGGACAGCGCCACCUAUCAGUGCACGUCCACGGAGAAGAACUUCAAACACACGCUGGUCAAGCUGCAGUUGGUGGUUCUCUCCAGCCGCACCGUCAACAACGUCCCGGCGGACACGGGCAUCCCCGGCCUCGCCCCGCUGCAGUCCAGCGCCUGGACGCCGAGCGCCGGGCAAUACAAAGACCUGCUGACCAUCCUGAGCCAACCUGAGAUGGGCCUCAUCAACCAGUACUGUCAGGACUACUGGCAGCAAGGAGACGCCACAGACGGAAAGAGCAAAAGUUUGAAGGAGUUGAAGGAGCAGAAGAAGCCUCGCAACCGCCGGCAUCGCGACGAGGACACGCAGACAUGAGGGACUUGUGCAACGUCUCUACUAGAGGACAAUAUUUAUUGUAGCUUGUAAAAAACUUCUUUGUACCUCAUAGAUCAAGUUUUUGUCAAUAGUUUAAUCUGUGCAAAUAUUGAUAUUAGUAUUAAUAUUGACAAUAUUAUCUUUGCUGUUUCAAACUAAGACUGCUUGGAGCCUCCACGCAUGACAUGGAUCAUGGACCAGGACAAUGGAAUAGGACCAUGAAUCAUAAAAUCAUGGACCUAGAUCAUGAACCAUUGAUUAUAUGCCAGGACCAUGGACAAAGACCUGGACCAUGGAGGCAAGGAUCAUGUUGGAUGAUUGGACUCCAAGCUGGCAGAAGAAGAGACAUCCUUCACAUGUCAAAUCCAGUAGUGUUUUUCUGUGUUGAUAACACAUCUUCAUGUUGUGUUUAUUAUCAAGUGUGAUUAUUGUUUUUUUUUACUGAAAAUUUUAGCUGUUUAGGAACACAAAGGCAGAUUCCAGCAGGCAGCUAAUAUUUGAAACCAUUUCAUGCAAAGCACUUUCUGUUGCCAAAAUGCUCAUUUUUUUAUUCAUCUUUAUCAGCUAACUGGCAUGUUAGUCUUCCUACAAAACAAUAUAAAUUCCAAUUUUUGGCCUCAUUCUGUCACGUAACUUUAUGUUCAAUAUUAUUAUUGUUUGUGUGAGCUAACUCUUCUAAUACUAAAGCGCUGGACACAAAAUCUGUCAAUACAUGUUGACCGAGUUUUUUAUGACAAAGCACAAGGCGCGGUGAUAAAAUAAUGCAUAAUUUAGAUUUAUAAAGCAAGUAACUUCAGGAUGUUUAGACGGACCAGCAUGAAGUUUGGUACACAACCUUAUGUGACUGACAAGAACGUGUGUAAUUUGAGAGCAAUUGAUUGAAAAACACGGCCACCAUCAAACAAAAUGUCUUUGUAGGAACAUGGGCGAGAUUUCACAACAACAAUAAUAAUAACUGUCCAUAAGUUAUUGAUCAUUUGGUUAAUGAUAACAAUGAAUGAGAUAUAAAAAUUAUCUGCCCCAUUUUCUUACUUUUAUUUUCAGGAUUAAAAGCCAGGCGUCCCACUACUUUUGUCCAUGCAAUAUAUUCAUCAAAAUGAGAAUGUUGCAGUUCGGUAUACAUUUCUUACACUUUUUACGUUGCAACUUAGCAUUCCUGACAUUUUAAAAGUUUGCUUUAGGUAACACUGACUAUCCAUUUUUCCAUCCAUUUCUACCGCUUGUCCCUUUUUGUGGGUUGCGGGGGGUGCUGGAGCCUAUCUCUGCUGCAUUCGGGCGGAAGGCGGGGUACACCCUAGACAAGUCGCCACCUCAUCACAGGGAAACACUGACUAUUAUCAUUUAAUUUAUGAUCCUGCAAAUACCAACCACAAUAAGGCACUAGUCACAAUCACCUGUGUUACCUUGUUAAGGAACACUAGUAACAACCACUAAUUACAAAACGCGAGUAACACACCCUAGUCACAAACCACUAGUUAUGACUACAAGUAAUAACCACUGGUUACAACCAUUAGUUACAAAACACUAGUAACUACUUGUAGUUGCAAUCACUAGUAACAAACUAUUUAUAACCACUAGGAACAGCCUCUAAUUACAACCGUAGUCACAAACCGUGGUUAUGGAUUACUAGUUAGUAAGACUAGUUACAACUUAUAACCACUAGUAACAGCCUCUUGUUACAACCACCAGGCACAACCCUAGUUACGAAACUCUAGUUAUAAAAUACUAGUAACAGCCUCUAGUUACAACCACCAGGCACAACCCUAGUUAUAAUCCUAGUAACAGCCUCUAGUUACAACCACCUGGCACGAGCCUAGUUAGGAAACACUAGUUACAAACCCUAGUUAGUAAAUACUAGUUACAAUCCUAAGUAACAGCCUCAAGCUACAACCCUAGUUACGAAACACUUUGUUACAACCCCUAAGUUACAAAGCACUAGCAAACAACCACUAGUUGUAACUACAUGUUACACCACAACAACACUGGUCAGCUGAGCACCAAUAGACAGGUAUUGCCAGUGUGUAUGUAAAGUGUAUAUACAAUGCAUGUAGUGUAUGUACAGUGCAUAUACAGUGUAUAUACAGUGUAUGUACAGUAUGUAUAUGGUAUUUGUCUACAAGAGACCGUGUUCCUGUGUAUGUCAGUGAAUGUUUUCUCAUUGUGGGAAUAUAAAUCUAAGAAAAGUGGGAAAAAAAAGAAAUAUGGACUAAGUAAGGCUUUUGGGUUUCUUUUAACGAGCGAGGUGUUGUCCAGAUUGUACUUUGAAAUUAUUUCAUUUGACGUUCUACGUCUUGUUUUGUCAGAUUUACGUGUGUAUCGUCAAAGUUAUGAACGAUAACGAUGACACGGGCUGCUGACUAAUAAAUGAAA